AUGCGCGUGCCCACUUGCGAGUGCGGGAAGAAAUUUGCGUAUGUUGAGCCAUCUAGGAGAGUUAAAGAAAUACUUGAAGAAGAGCUUUAUUUUCGGCAAGAAGCACGCCACGUUAAACAUCCAGCUGCAGUGGCUCUGGAAGGAAUUUGGAGUGUGAAAAAGAGUUUCUCCAUUGGAAGCCUGAAACCAUUGUCACAGAACAGGAACGGUUUCCUUUUACAGCCUCAAUUCUACUCAAGGCAUGCAGGAAUGAAAAAAUUUUAA